UAAUUAAUAAAAAAUACAUCACUCGCGCUAGCCAAUGGUUCAGAAAAAAUGAAGGCCCGGCUCCCCUUAGCCGCCCUUUUAAACAAACAAAAAGAUAGAGGAAACGCAAAGAGGAAAUUUUCCUAGGGUUUCUGCUUUUAUUCUUCUUGCUCUCUCUCGCAGGAGUUAAAAAUGGUUCUAUCGGAUGAUGAAAUCAAGAGGUUGUUUCGAAUCCGAAAGACGGUAUUGCAGAUGCUGAAAGACAGGGGUUAUUUCGUCGGAGACUUCGAGAUUAACAUGUCCAAAGAACAAUUUAUUUCUAAAUACGGUGAAAACAUGAAAAGAGAGGAUCUUGUUAUCAAUAAAACCAAACGAAAUGAUAACUCUGAUCAGAUCUAUGUUUUCUUUCCUGAGGAAGCCAAGGUUGGUGUCAAGACAAUGAAAACUUAUACCAAUCGCAUGAAAUCGGAAAAUGUUUUCAGGGCUAUACUGGUUGUGCAACAGAAUUUGACUCCCUUUGCUCGGACUUGUAUUAAUGAAAUUUCUACAAAAUUCCACUUGGAGGUUUUCCAGGAAGCGGAGCUCCUCGUCAAUGUAAAAGAACAUUCUCUUGUUCCUGAGCAUCAGGUGCUUACUAAUGAGGAGAAAAAGACUUUGCUGCAAAGAUAUACUGUAAAGGAAACACAGCUGCCUCGUAUCCAGGUAAGCGAUCCAAUCGCAAGAUACUUUGGGCUGAAGCGUGGACAAGUGGUGAAGAUAAUUCGGCCUAGCGAGACUGCUGGUCGUUAUGUCACCUAUCGAUAUGUUGUUUGAGCAUGUUUCUGGUUAAACAGCAUUUUUCCUACUUUAUUUAGAACUGAUAGCAGCAUUUAAACCUCAAGCACAACUACUAUCAAAUUGCCCAGUGGUCUCAAAACCUAAUGGAUUUUGUAGUUAGGGCAUGAAGACAACUAUGGUGCUAGUUUGAAUGCAGUUCUGGGUUUUGUUCAAUAUCAUCAGUUGUAAUAUUAAUGCAUCUCUCUUAGUUAUUUCUGCAUUCCAAUUCCGGUGUAUUUACUGGCCCAAAAACUAAACAAAUUCCUGUGUAUUCUGUUCUUGUUUCCACCAAAACCAAAUGAUGAUAUCACUUCGGAAAUGUCUGAAAUUCCUUA